CGCGACUGGAUGUCAUCUGCGGAGACCUGUCAGGGACGCGUCGAGUGCGCGCGCACACAAGUCAUCUGCCUUGAGAGCUCGAACACAAGCGCAGCCUUUAUUGGCGCCAACACGGGACUGGAACGCGCAUCCUUCCAUUACGCACCGGAGGGCUCACAUGGACUCCCCGGACCAGCACCCCCUGACACGCGGGGACCGGACCGGGCGCUCGGACGGCGUCCUCACCACUUCCGUCAACUUAUGGCGUUGAAAAACAAAACGCCGCUGCGCCAAAAGCACCGACGACCCAGGAGGAGCUUUCGGUUUCGCCCCGCCGGGAAGUUCCAAACUCCCUCCGGUGAGUCCGGUUACGUGCCGCGUUCGCCCCACCCCGCCGGAACACGGACGAACACUUCCACCAUGCUCGCCGUGCCCUGAGGGGGAGAUGGACCUGGAGGGAGAGGAGCUGAACGGCUCCGCUUGUGUGUCCCGGAACGAGAGCGGCGCCGGGCUGCCGCGCGCCUCCGCCGGACUGUCCACUGCGCUGGCCAGCGUGCUGAUCUUCACCAUCGUGGUCGACAUCCUGGGCAACGUGCUCGUCAUCCUGUCCGUGUACAGGAACAAAAAGCUCAGGAAUGCAGGCAACAUCUUUGUGGUGAGUCUGUCAGUCGCAGACCUGGUGGUGGCGCUCUACCCCUACCCUUUGGUACUGACAGCCAUCGUCCACGACGACUGGACUAUGGGGGACACGCACUGCCAGGCGAGCGGUUUCAUCAUGGGCAUUAGCGUCAUCGGCUCCAUCUUCAACAUCAUGGCCAUCGCCAUCAACCGCUACUGCUACAUCUGCCACAGCCUGAACUACGACCGCCUGUUCAGCCUCAGGAACACCUGCUGCUACCUGGGCCUCACCUGGAUCUUCACGGCCAUCGCCACCGUGCCCAACUUCUUUGUGGGCUCGCUUCAGUACGAUCCUCGCAUUUACUCCUGCACUUUCGCCCAGACAGUUAGCUCUUACUACACCAUCUCCGUGGUCAUCAUCCAUUUCCUGAUCCCGCUGCUGGUGGUGUCGUACUGCUACUUGAGGAUAUGGGUGAGGGUGAUCCAGGUGAAGCAUCGGGCGAAACCAGAACAAAGAGCCAAACUAAAACCCAGCGACGUAAGGAACUUCCUGACUAUGUUCAUGGUGUUUGUGUUGUUUGCUGUCUGCUGGGCGCCGUUGAACCUGAUCGGCCUGGCGGUGGCGAUCAACCCGGCCAGAGUUGCUCCGAACAUACCGCAGUGGCUGUUUGUCACCAGCUACUUCAUGGCAUACUUCAACAGCUGCCUCAACGCCAUCAUAUACGGACUGCUGAACCAAAACUUUCGUAAAGAAUACAAGACGAUCGUCCUCGCUCUGUGCAUCCCACGCUUGCUCCUGGUGGAAACCUCAAGGUGUGCCACAGAGGGUCUGAAGAGUAAACCCUCAGCGGCUGUGACAAACAAUAUCAUAGCGGAGAUAAACGUAUAACAACGGGCAUUUCUCGGGAAUCCGGGUUCACCUGCUGCCUUCAGACAUGCCAUCGUUUUGUUUGCUGCUUAUUCUGUUCUGGUUUUACACCAUACUUGCCAACCCUCCCGAUUUUCCCGGGAGACUCCCAAAUUUCAGUGCCCCUCCCGAAAAUCUCCCGGGGCAACCACUCUCCCGAAUUUCGUGUACGGAGUAGUACACGGACAUAGGGAGAAGUACAGAGCGCCAAUAAACCUUGAAGGCACUGCCUUUGCGUGCCAGCCCAAUCACAUAAUAUCUAUGGUUUUUCACACACACAAGUAAAUGCAAGGCAUACUUGGUCAACAGCCAUACAGGUCACACUGAGGGGUGGCCGUAUAAACCACUUUAACACUGUUACAAAUAUGCACCACACUGUGAACCCACACCAAACAAGAAUGACAAACACAUUUCGGGAGAACAUCCGCACCGUAACACAACAUACACACAACAUAACAAAUACCCAGAAGCCCUUGCAGCACUUACUCUUCCGGGACACUACAAUAUACAUCAACCGAAACCACGCCGCCCCCUAUCUCUCGAAUUCCGAGGUCUCAAGGUCGGCAAGUAUGUUUUACACCAGGAGCUGAAGCCCGACUACACCUUGACACAUGCCAAGCUUAGGUGGACCACGGCAACACCCAAGGUGCUUUGGUAUUACAAAAUAAUCACACCAUAUUUAUUUUCUCACCAUACACAUCUGUUGUGUUCCACCGAACAAUAAAUGUACAGACAAACCCUGAUUUUGCCCAAAAAAUGUGUCAGUUUAAGAAGAGCAAAGUCUUUGACACAACACGACUGUUUUCCGGCAUGGUUGCAUCACCUGCGCCGUCACUGCAUUCGUCUUUUACGUUCUGAUCAAAUAUAAACUCAAUAAAAAAAGUGUGUUUUUUUAUGUCA